AUGGCGGCCGUAGAGUCUCUCGGCGUACACUCGCCCACUGGACUGCCCUACCUCAUUUCUGAAGGCUUCCUACCACCGGAUCCAAAACCGGAGCAGUACCAAUGGUACACCUACAUCGCCCACGAAGGUGGUGAAGAUGUCGAAGAAGAGAUCAUCAGCACCAAAAAGGCCGUAGUAUGGUCUCAAGGGAGAUUUGUCCGCAACAUCUACCGGUUCGAGCUGGAAGGAGAAGAUGUGGUCCAGGCCAUCUUGACUUACUUUCCAACCUCAUCGCGAGUCACUCCAAAUGUCGGAGGAGAUCCGAACGGCCAGGGCGAAGAGGCGGACAAUGCUCUCGAAGAACCCGGCAUUGGCGAAAUAUCGACAUCGACGGUACCUUUAGCCAGAGCAUUAGUAGUGCUGCUAAAGUCCAAGGCACACAUUUAUUUUUUGAAAGGAUCAAGUCACAUUCUCGACUUGCCUUUUGAGGUUGAACGAGCAUUCGCGGCGCCCAGAGGUCUAGUUCUGCAAAGAAAACGCACAAUUCGCUCCAGUCUGCCAUCCACGCCGCAAAUACCGAAAGCGCCAUCUAAUUCCUUCUUCUCUUCACAAGGCAACGCUUCCUCAUUUCUGAGGACCUCAACAUCACCAACUCUGGCAAAAACUUUUGCGAGGACUAGCCUUGCACUCACGAGACCAUUCCAACCAAGCCCGCUGGGCGGCCAUGCCAAGCUUGAUGCACUUUUCCAGGACAGCAUCGCUGCUCACGGUAGCAAAGAUGACGAUGACAUCACCAAUCUCUACACAUUGAGCAGUCCGCUCUCUGAACUUGGGGUCGUCACCUAUUCCUUGCAGCAUCAUAAGCCUCGUAUCCACGGAAGGUCUCAACCUGGCCUGAGUGUUGAAUUUGAAGGUCUAGAUCCGGGCGAGCAGAUCGUUUACGUGUCGUCACGAGACGAGCUCGCCCAUUCGCAAAGCUCCAACUCGGGAGAGAUGAUACUUUUGGUCACCUUCAAUGCGGACAUCAACACGGUGACAGUCUGGCACGCAUGGUACAUCGAAGAGAAAUCGCUCAAGGCAUUACUAAAACUACGCGCGGAGCACAAGGCCGCCAGGGCUAGACGCCGUAGCUCCUUCAUGAACGCCAACCUUGGGACGGGCGCGGCAACACCUGCGUUGCGACGGCGAGAUGGAACUAGAGAGAGUUUUGCAGCUGGUGGACUGAAUCCUGGAGACCCUGUGGGCUCGCAGGGCACGGCGCUCUCCCGCAAACCGACUAGACAGGAGGAAGAAGCGGCGAUGGCUUCUCAGAUGGACCCGGACUACCUGCCUGCCGGAUCGCAGCCACAACAAGUUCGGGAGAGCAGAAGGAUCAGCUCUAUGAAUGCUGAUGUUCGUGCCAGCCAAAACACUGUCAACGCGAGCUUUGGGGGCACUGGGAGCAGGCGCGCCACCUCAUUUGGAGGCACACAGGGUCGGCGAUCUCUCACUCACAGGAAAAGCCGAGGAUCAACUCCCGGCAGCACGUAUGGACAAAGUCUAGGAGGCGACGAUGAGCCCAUGGACCAUGAUAGUACGAUCGAAUUUGACUCCGAUGAAAAUGUGGAUGACAUUCUUCGGCACAUCAGGGCGACUUUCGACCACUCCGGCACAGAUGGUAUAUUUGGAAGUAUCGACGACGACUUCAAGCGUGAGCUCAUCGUCAGAAAGAUAUAUUCUUUCCCAGUCGGCCUAGCAACCUCCCAAGGGUCGCAGUCCAUCUCCAACGGCUUGUACAAGGCCAUUGUCUGCAUCGAGCCGUUACCCUUUAGCACAUCAGACGACCAGAAGAUCAAGCUCUACCUUCACGAUCAUACCAACAGCGAAGUGCAAUAUGCUACCUUGAGAAUCAAGAACCGGUCGCUGUGGCCAGGGCUCGAGCGCUCGCCAGUGCUGUCAAUUCCCUUACUUGUUGGAGAGGGCAGGAUUGACGGCUGCGAAGACAUCUUGAAGUUGCGCGAUGGAGAUGUCGAAGCAGUCUUGUUCGGCGGGAGGGGAAUUCAGUUCUCCCUCGAUGAGCAGACGCUCUGCCCGCUGCCUCCUGCGAAUCCCUACAGAUUCUUCGAUCCGCUCGAACCUCUGCAUCAGGAGGGGGACGACAACACCGCAGUCGGCAGGAGUAGAACUGUUCAGCCACCACAAAGUCCCAAGGCUCUUCGCCAAGCGGGUCGACAUUCAACAUUCGAUGAGGUCGGCAGCGACGGAACUCAUCAUCGCAGGCGCUUGCUACUGAAACCCUCGAACACCCAAGUCGAUCAGCUGUUGUCAAUUUGUGAGAUAGUCUUGCCCAAGCAUCAAGCGCGCUCUGUUCGCAGGCUCUGGUGCGAGGCAUAUGCUCGGAUCGAAGGACAUCCUGGCAGUCUUGCAGCUACAAGCAGUUGCCCAGACUUUGUAGCGUUUGCUGCCACCAUAUUCGGCAUCGUCAUCGACUGUCUGGACUCAAAGGCGAAGGCCGCUCUGAACAUAUCGAAGGUUGCCGCAGGAAACGAACAAGUAUCAGUAGGGGUGAAUAUGAGAUUAUUCAAGCGCAGACAUCUUUCUCGACUGAUGGAGGGCGCAAGCUGCGCUUGGAUGUCCACUGUACCGACGCGAACUCUGCAAAGAUCCCGAAGAAGUGAUGAGCUGCGGAAGGAUCAGCUUCUAAUCUUCGCCGCUACGAUCGCUGAUGAGAUGUCGCAUUCCAGCAAAGAUAUCUCGAACGAGAAGACUGCCUCUACAGCCGUACUGGCUGCUGUACGUCUCAUGCUUGCUUUGCACGUCUUCCGUGAAGAACAAAAGCUUUGUCCGCUCUCUGCAACGCAACAUCCAGAGGUUGCGCCCAUCAUCGCCCAACUGGGAUUGUGGCUGGGAUUAGAGGAGUGGACUCCUAUUCAAGGAAAAUACUACGAUUCAGAAGGCGCGAGUGAGGCAUGUUGGUCUUAUCUUAGGUCCAAGCCGACACAAACUCCUCAGCUGGGUUUGCUGGAGCAGCCGAUCAGCAUUUUCCAAUGGUUCGAGCACUCGCUCCAGCGCGGCCAGUCGGAAGGAUACCCGUCUCUAUCGUCUAUUGCUCAGAUUGGCGGGGACAGCACUGUCUCCAGGGUUCCGGACCAGGUCGCUCAAGGGGCAACUCCUCGAAUAGUUGCCCUGUCCAACAUCUUGGCGGCUACGGGCAGUCUGACAACAAGCCCUUCGAGAACGGUCCAGCUUCUAUCGCAGCAUAUGAUUACGGUCGAGAUACUUGAGACACUACCAGAAUCAGUUGCAGCGCCUUUCCGAGAAGCCAUCGCUCGAUGCGAAAAACAGCCACCUACCACUUGGCGAAGCCAUCUAACGCACUUGGUCGGACGAGAAGACCUCAACAUUGGCAACAAAGUCACCAAAGCCCCGUCCUCUAGAUCGCAAGCUGGCAUGGAUGGGGCCACACGGGAUGUACACACUGCGUGCCAUGCUGUCGAGCAUUCUCUCGCGCAUGCAAAGACCAAAGAGGCUGGCCGCCAUGCGGUCUCUCGGCUCAUUUUUAGCGAAGACCGCCGUCUUGUCGAGGCUACUAGUUUGAUGCAUUUCAAUAGUCCUCAAGUUGCUCAGUGUCCGAAGCAGCCUGACUGGGAUGAGGCUACUCAUUUCGAGCAUCAACGAAGAAUCUUGAAUUUUGCCACAAUCCGAAUGAUCGCUCUCCCUGCCGGAGACGCAAUGAUACAUUUCGAUUGCCAAACGCCCUUGCUCACGGAGAAGUACCAUCUGCCGGGAUUUAGCAACUCUUGUGUGAUGCAGCCAAUGGGGCUUACCAUGACUGCAGAUCGGAGCGGCUUGACAGAAGAGAAGGUCAACUGGGCCUACUUUCAUGCUGGUGUCUCCGCAGGCCUGCGCAUUUCCCGACAAGUGGAGGGUAUCGACACCUCAUGGAUCGCGUUCAACAAGCCGAAUGAGCUUACCAACAGACACGCAGGCUUUUUGCUGGCUCUCGGUUUGGGCGGACAUCUACGGCAUUUGGCCAAAUGGUUGUCAUUCAAAUAUCUCACGCCUAAGCACACGAUGACAUCUGUCGGCCUACUUUUGGGUCUUUCAGCUUCUUACUUAGGUACCAUGGACUCCUUGAUCACUCGCAUGCUUUCUGUGCACAUCACGCGAAUGCUACCUCCGGGUGCGGCGGAAUUGAAUGUUUCUCCAGCAACUCAAACCGCUGGUCUCAUGGGCAUCGGUCUGCUGUACUACAAUACCUCUCACCGCCGCAUGAGCGAGAUCAUGAUGUCCGAAAUCGAACACAUGGAGAUUGAAGACCCCGACAACGGGCCCGACAUGCUUCGUGACGAGUCCUAUAGACUCGCUGCUGGCCUGGCUCUAGGAUUCAUCAAUUUGGGCAAAGGAAACGACCUUCGUGGACUGCAUGGUAUGCGACUACCAGAGCGUCUUCUUGCCGUUGCAGUAGGACCAAGGCCAGUCAAUGCUGUCCAUGUAUUCGAUCGCGCCACCGCUGGUGCAGUCGUUGCUGUGGCGUUGGUGUUCAUGAAGACCGGAGACAGAGCUAUAGCAAGAAAGAUAGACAUUCCGGACACGCAGGCUCAAUUUGAUCAAGUCAGGCCAGAUAUUCUCAUGCUGCGAGCGAUGGCGAAGCAAAUCAUUCUUUGGGAUGAGAUUCAAGCUGGUGGCGGCAAAGAACAAACCUUUGUGGAUCGCAACUUACCCACUUGCUAUAAAGACUGGCUGCAUAGUACUAUUGAGCGUGUGCGAGCGAAACGCACGAUCGACAGCACCCAUAUACCGAUGUUCAGCAUCGUGACCGGUUUGGCUUGGGCACUCGGACUGAAAUACGCGGGCACUGGCAAUGAGGAGGCCAGGAAUGAACUGCUCGCCUUGCUGAAAGGCUUCAACAUCAUCGAGCAUAACGCUGAUUCCUUCUAUUUUGAUGCCAAACUGACUCGGGCUGCGUUGAGGCGGUGCAUCGAUGUUGUAGCACUCUGUGCUGCAAUGGUGAUGGCAGGCACCGGUGAUCUGGAGGUCCUCCGGUACCUGCGCAGGAUGCACGGAACGACCGAUGCUGAGACGCCGUACGGUUCGCAUCUAGCAUCGCAUCUAGCUAUUGGCAUCCUAUUCCUCGGAGGCGGUACCUUUUCUCUGGGAACAUCGAAUCUUGCUAUCGCAUCGUUGAUCUGUGCAUUCUAUCCGCUCUUCCCUACAGACGUGCACGACAACCGUGUGCAUCUUCAGGCUUUCCGACACCUCUGGGUCUUGGCUGCUGAAGCUCGCUGCAUCGUAGUCGAAGACAUCGACACGCAGAGACCAAUUCACAUGCCCAUCAAAGUCACCUUGAAGAGCGGCGAGACAAGAAUGUUGCGAGCACCUUGCCUCGUACCCGAACUCGACACCAUCGCCACAGUUGAAACAGACGAUCCCUCCUACUGGCGCGUCACCCUUGACUUCACCAGCAACCCGAUACACCUCGCCUCCUUCCAGAAAGACCAGAGAAUAUACGUCCGCCGCUGUCCCGCCGCCGAGGCGCACACCUCCGUUUUCAGCGCCGCCCUCGCCGCCCUCAACCAUCCGUCUGCCGCAACUUCCAUAUGGCAUUCCCUCUUCAACCUUCCAGCUUUCAAGGAUCUCGACCAAGCCGAUAUCGAAUUACUCCUUCCUCCGGAUGCGUAUAGUUCGGUUUAUACGGAUGAGCGGGGCACCGUGGUUGACGAUCGCUUGGUUCUCGGGAAAGCCGUGCAGAGUGGGAAGAGGGAUGAAUUGUGGAAUUUGAGAUUGCUGUUUGCUUGGGCGGAGAGGUGUCCGGGGGAGAUGAAGUGGUUGGGGGACGAGGUCGUGCAGAGAUUGAAGGCUAGGAUUGAGGAGCGUGCGAGGAGGGGAUGA